AUGGAGAACAAGUUGGACACUGCCGUGGGGAAGCUGUUGGUCAAACUGGUGAGCCACAUGUGCAACUUCCUUUUUCGUGUGCUCUCAGUGGGCCCCGUCCCCGAUCACAUGGCCUUUAUACUUGAUGGAAACCGUCGUUACGAGCGCACACGUGGCCUUGACGAGGGCAUGGGCCAUCGGGAAGGAUUUCUGUCCCUCAUGGCCCUCCUCAUGUAUUGCUACCAGCUCGGCGUGCGCCACAUCACCAUCUACGCUUUCAACAUCAACAACUUCAAGCGGCGGCCCCACGAGGUCGAGCGUCUCAUGAACCUCAUGCUCGAAAAAAUCGAGAGCCUCCUAAACGAGGAGAGCAUCAGAAAAUACAAAAAGUUAUACAAACACAAGAAUGGUAUGAAAAAGAACCUCUGCAAGUAUUUCAAAAAAACCCCCGCCGUUAACCCUCCCAAAGCGUCCAUCUUCUCCUCCGCCGGGCGGAACUGGAAGAGCAGCCGGUUCAGAAGAAGGUUCCUCGGCCGAAUUCCCAAAUUUUCCAUCAGCAGCAGCAGCAGGGGCAGGGGCUUUUCCAGAAUUCGGGAAAUUCUUGCGGAGGAGCGGUGGUUUCUGGAGGCGCCUAGAGCGCAGCUGGAGGUAAUCCGUCUUGGGAGGCGGAGAGGCAUCGGCGGAGGACCGGAGGCGCUGCAGGGCUAG